UCCGAGGGACAUACGACAGGAACAACAACAACGACGACGACGACGACGUUCGAGAUCGCAAUCGGCCAGCGACAUCGGCGGUCCUCCAGCAACAGUUGUCGGAGGACGGCUGAGAUCUGCUGAAGGGAAAGCCACCAACACACGGUAGAGGAGAACUGGGCGCACAUUGCGGUUAUACGACUGGAUGUGUUGUGCUUGUCAUCCCGGCUGCUUGUGUUGUGGAUCUGAGGAGGCUGUGCCCUGUCAUUCGCGAGCGGUACAAACGUGUUGCUGCGUGCAGUUGCCGACACCAUACACACACACACACACACACACACACACACACACACACACACACACACACACACACACACACACACACACACACACACACACACACACACUGUCUGAUCAUUAUAGGGGGGAUGUGGGGAUCACCGCAAUAUAACAAGCUCUAUUUAUUUUAGCCCAAGCCGAGCUGUCAUUCAGCAUCUUCCACUCAAGGUUUAUUUCCCGACGUGGUGGAUCGCGCAGCACUCGGGAGGGCUCAUGUUUGCUUCAACAGAGACACGGGCUGUUCCGUCUGCCGCGCGCUACAGCUGCUGUAGUCAGACUUGACAACCCGCCGCGGACUGGAUUCAGAGCAACAGCAGCCGCUCCGUUGGCUGCCAAGGGCCGAGGAAACCACUGCAGACAGACUGCCUGACAGACAGGCGUGCCAGGAGGACAGGGAGGGGGCGGCAGCCGGCGACAGCUCUCUCGACCCCUUCUGAGGAUCGAGCCGAGCCCCCCUCUCUUCGAGAGCCCCCGCCCGUCGUCACCUGGGGGUGCACUUUGGAUGGGGGGGAAGCAAAGCACGACCGGGCGGCCCCGGGGCGCCUUCCCCGGCGUCUCCACGGACGACAGCGCCGUGCCGCCCUCGUCCCACUUUGGCCACUACCGGCCCAGCGGGCCCAUGGGCCUGCGGAGCCGCUCCGUCAGCUCGGUGGCCGGCAUGGGCAUCGACCACGGGGCCGCCGUGCCCUUCGGCUUCUACGGCCCCCGGGGCACGGACUCGGACAGAGCCAUGGGGGGCGGCGGCGGCGGCGGCGGCGGCGGGGGGCCCGGCCCCAACGCCGUCGGCCCCCACGGUAACGGCUACGGCCAGGAGAACGGCGGGGGGGGACACCACCACCACCACCACCACCACCACCACCACACGGAGAGCGUGCUCUACCUGGGGUCCCGGGGGUCGCUGGCUGACACCCUGCCCCUGCACAUUGCCCCCCGCUGGUUCAGCGGACACACCGGUUUCAAGUGUCCCGUAUGCUCCAAGUCUGUGGCGUCUAAUGAAAUGGAAGUACACUUCAUCAUGUGUUUAAGCAAGCCCCGCCUCUCCUACAAUGACGAUGUACUGGCGAGGGAUGCGGGCGAGUGUGUGAUCUGUCUAGAGGAGCUGCAGCAGGGAGACACUAUAGCCAGACUGCCGUGCCUCUGCAUCUACCACAAAAGCUGUAUAGACUCAUGGUUUGAGAUCAACCGCUCCUGCCCUGAACACCCGUCUGACUGACCUUGUCUCCCCCCCUGAACACUGCUAAAGGGAUGUUCUUUCUCCUUCCAUGGAUACCUGGAAACGAAUGCAAGAAAAAUGUAAAAACAAAUCAACAAGAAAUAUCCAACAGACAAAAUGAAACAAUCAAAGCAAACAAACACCUUCUGGAAUUGCUCCAUCCGAACCAAGUGGAUUGAUCCCCCGCGAACUGUACCGAAACCAAAUCAAAUCCAAACCACUAGACAAACACUCCCCUCCUGCUCUCUCUCCAACCAGCUUUCUGUGCUUACUGUCCAUCUUCGUCCUGUCUGCCUAUGGGACUUACCCUCUCCACUCGACUUUUGCUGCUGCUAU